UCAAGAUAUGUUUUAGUUCCUUGGAGUCUUGUAUUUUUUACCCCGCCAGAAUCCGUUUUGGUUCUCUGGGUUUGAAAUUCAAACGCAGAAUUUUACACUGGUUAAUGUCGUAAGAUGACAAUCGCUUGAACUCUUACAGCAGAAAUCUUAUGGCUUCUGCUUCAUUGAGGCUGGUCCUUCUCUUGGUCUCAGUCUUCCUCCUGCUGGAAUACUCCAUUGCUCAAGAGUUUUAUGAAGAUGUGGGAGAUCUGGAGCAGUUCAGUCCAUUACUGGGGGAAAAUAUUAUUGAUUAUCCCAUGCUAGAGGAAUACGGGAUCCCCACUGUGGAAGAAUUCCCCUCUGACGAUCUGGAUGAUGAUGAUGAUGAUGAUGAUGGUGCUAAUGAAGAAGACAACGAUUCUCACGAAACUCAAGGAGAGAAAAAAAGUGAAAAACAUCUAGAUAACGAGCAUGAACCAAAGACAUCCCCUAGUGUGAAAUCCAAAACCGACGCACGCCAAAAGCGGCAGCUCCCUCUUCAAGAUGAUCCUGUGGUAGUUGCAAGAGAGAAGUUACAGCGCGCUAUAAAAGCAGCUAAAGCACUCAGUAACAUAGAAAACGAGCUUGGAUUAAGUCCUAAGACGAUUGAAGAUAAAACCAAGAAUUUAGAGAAUCAACUCAAGGAUGAAGAGAAAAACUUCAAGAAACUCGCCGAUCAAACUGAGGACAGUCAAAAGAAACAGAAAUUCGUGAAGCUUGAAAAAGUCGCUGACGAGGACGUUAACCAAGCAGAAAGUAUUUUGAAACUGAUAGUGAAGUUAGAGGCAGCAAAAUAUUUGGCGAAAGAAAGAGCUCACGAAGACCUCGUCAGAGCUCAAAAGGACAAAAUUGCGUCCACGCCCCAAAUGUAUCUUGGAUCGCCGCUUUCGUAUCCACCGGAAGCUGCCGGUUAUUUUGGGGGAGUUUCACAGCCUGCUUAUCAACCUGUCAUGCCGUCAUACACGGGCAGUUAUCAACCUCAGAUGUUUCAAGCAGUAGCCCCUCCAAGUAUGGCUCCGGCUCUUACGAGCGAGCCACCGCCUCCUAGUUUACCUGCUCAUGCUAAUGUGGGGCCUUUGUCUCAGCCAAACCAUCAAGAUGACACGGAAUUACAACGAAUAAAUUCAAUCAAAGAGACAAGCGUAUCAGCCUUUUCACCUCAAAGCGAUAAUCAACUUAGCGAACAAUCUGUGCAGCCAGAGGGUGGUCAGGUAGCGAGCUUCUCGAACGAGGCAACUGACACUAAAAUCAACCCAGCAGAUAUUGAUUUUAGUGAUAUGGCAAGUUCAUCAGUGAUAAAGAAGCCUCAUGAAACACAGACGACUGGAAGUACUCCCAAGACUCCAUCUAACGAUAAUGGUUUGAGUGGUAGUGAAGUGAAUGAACCGCAGAAAGAUGUUUCAGCGCCUAAGCCACUGCCUAAGCAACAGCCUGUUAAAUUGGUUACACCUCCUCAGCCAGUUGCACCAUCUCGAACACCCAAACCACCUCCGCCAGCCGUGCCAGCUGCACCAGUCGUGCCUGCUCUACCAGCCGUGCCAGCUGCACUAGCCCUGCCAGCUCAACCAGCCGCACCAGCUCAACCAGCCGUACCAGCUCAGCCCAUUAAGCCUUUCCUACCAGCUGCACCUGUUCAGCCAGUUGCAAUGCCAGUGCAGACGAUUGAAUCAGCUAUUGGACAACAAAACGGUUUCUUGACACAGUCAGCACCUCAAGCUGCAUCGUUCAACCCUGGUGCCCUGUCUGCAAAAUUAGCUUCAAUGUCAAGAUACUUUGAUUCCCCGUCCAGUGUUCCCAACUCGUUUGCAACGCAGCCAUAUCAUCAACCGCUUGCAAGCGUCCAGGUGCCACAACAGACUUCUGUUCCGCACAUACAGCCGAAGAAACCACAAGCUGAGGCUCCUGAACCUGUGAAGCCGGAAGUAACACCAUAUGCCGCUCUUAAUGACCAACCUCAGGUCACGACACAACCAAGUCCAGUAAGCUUUCAACCCUCAGGUUCAGCGGCUUAUUCCGGCGAGCAGGCGCUCUCAGGGGCUUAUCCCUCCAGUUCGUUUUAUCCGUGGAAUACCCAAGCUCUCCCGUCCAGUAACCCGCAGUACUCUUGGAAUUCUCCGAUGUAUUAUCCUCCAGUUGCACCUUAUCAAGCGCCAGUCAAUCCUUUGAUCGCAGAAGCUUACAGAAAGCUUCAUGACACCGAAAGAGCCAGUCUAGCUAUGUCCAAGAUUGAGGAGGCCAUAGGGCUAUCACCAACUUCCGUGCGGCACAUCGUCGAUGAUAUUGAGAAACAAGCUAAAAUGGAGACUACGCAAUACGAAGACGACAUGAAGAACGAGAAAGCUGAAAUUACAAAAGAGAAACAACUGCUUCAAAAGGAUAAAAUGGCAGAUGACCCUCAAGUAAAGAAGAAAAUCCAAGAUGAUGAAGAGAAGAUUCGAAAGGACAUCAGAAAAGAAAACAUUGCAAAACUUGAAGUGGAUAAAAUAAAGAAAAUUGAGAAAAUUUUGACCAUCAUCGAGGCUGCAAAGUACUCUGCAAUGCAGCGUGCCAAGAAUCGUAUUAACAAUCUCAAAACGGACGACGGCAUCAGUGAUGGGGAGGACAUUAGAAAGCGUGACCUGCAAGAUCUUGAAAAUGACAUCAAGCGACGAAGGAGGAAUGAGAUAAAUAUUUGGCUCAAAGGUUCAAGAAAUCGAAUCGACACGAGUCAUUUCCUAAGAAAUCGAAUUAGUGGCUUAAAGAAAAAUCGGGAAGAGAGGUCCCGGUGGAGUUCAGACAAUAAACAAGAUCAUCUUUCCGAAAUUUCGGAAAAAGACAAGCUGACAAAGGAAGGGUCGACGGAAGGAAGGUUGCACAAGUUGAAGUUUUUCAAUACGCUGUCAUCGAACAAGAAAUUAGAUGCUGGACAACAGUUCACUGUAGGAAAAAGGACUGAUGUCCCUGACCAACCAGACAAUUCACCAAACGCUCUUGUUAUGGCCAAAAUGCUGAACAAAAUGGACAAGUUAUUUGAUAUUCAGCGGGAAAUUUUAAAGUAUCUCAAGGCAGAGCAUACUAUACACGCAUUGAGAAAGAAGCCACACGUGAAAAGAUGGAGGCGAAGUUUACACAAGUCAAAGAACCAUAAGAAGACUCUAAAACACACAGAUAAAAAGAGAAGUGUAAAUUAAAAGGAAGCCGGAUUCCUAGCUAAAUAG